GCUCGUUCUCUUUCCGAAAAUGUGCUUAUAAUAUUGUGUAGGUGCCACGAUGAAUUAAAUUAGCAAUGUAGAUUUCAACGAAAAGCUAGUCACGUAAUGGUGAUGGUUCUGGGUGUUGCAGCAUUCAAGGCGUAAAUGCGCAUGGCAGCAUGCUGGUGGCAUUUUCGAGGCUGCUGAAUAUCUCUAGCAAAACACUUAGCAGUAGCCUGAUUGCGAAGAUGAAUCCAGGCACCUUUUCCACAGCAGCUUCAUCGCUUGUACCCAGAGCCCCGCCCAGCCAAGCCAUAUUUGCAAUGGCAUUCAACAGCUCCUGCAACACCCCAUCGGCCAUCUUGAGGCCACAAGUGUUGCAGCACGGCCUCAGAUUGCAUCGAUCUCGGUGUGGGGCACUACAACAGGAGUAUGGCUGGCACCAGCUACGCCCUCAAAUACGUUGGCUCGGAUUCUCUUCAACGAAACAGGAGGAGGAGGAAGAGUCGAACUUGCAAGCUGGCCAGCUACGGGUGGCCAGAAGUGCCAACGGUGUGGUGCCGCCCCUCCCUCUGACACUCGGCACAGUCAAGGAGAAGCAGGCAUUCGAAAGGGAACUGCACACUGUUACAGUAGCUAUCAUAGCCAACAUGGUGAUUUUCUCUGCAAAGCUCGUGACAUACCUGAUGUCAGGCAGCAGCACGAUGCUUGCGGAGACAGUGCACUCUGUGGUUGACACCUUCAACCAGGCAAGCGCCUACUUUGGGAUCCCUCUCUUGAAUCGUGCUCCAACAAAGAUGCACCCGUACGGAUACAUGAAGGACAAGUUUGUGUGGUCGCUUGUGUCUGCCGUGGGCAUCUUCUGCCUGGGGGCCGGGGUCACAUGCGCGCACGGCUUCUCAAACCUCUUCUCCCCCCCUCAGCAGCUCGAGCAUCUAGGCUACGGCCUGGCAGUGCUGGGGGUGUCGUUUCUGGUGGAGGGCUACUCGCUGCUGGUGGCCACGCGCGCGGUGCUGCAGGGGGCGCACGCGAUGGGCAUGAGCUUCACGGAGUACAUACGCCGCGGCAUGGACCCCACCACCGUCGCUGUCAUGCUCGAGGACGGCGCCGCCGUGGCCGGCCUCGCCAUCGCAGGUAUUGCCCCUUUGCUUGCGCUGCACCUGACGGGGAAUGCAGUGUACGAUGCCAUGGGCUCAAUCACAAUCGGCGGCCUCCUGGGAUGCACAGCUGUCUUCCUCAUACAGCAGAACCGCUCGCUCCUGCUCGGGCGUGCAAUGAACAACAAGGACAUGCAGAAGGUGUUGCAUCACCUGAGGAAGGACCCGGUGGUCAAGGCGGUCUAUGAUGCCAAGUCCGAGGAGAUCGGUCCCAACAUCUUCAGAUUCAAGGCCGAAAUAGAGUUUGAUGGGGAGCGGAUAGUGGAGGGUCACAUGGAGCGGAUUGGCGGGCGCGAGCAGCUGCUGCAGCAGAUGUACAGUGCGAUGGCCACAGAGAAGGACGACACCGUCGACCUCGCCCUCAGAUCCUACGGGCGGGACAUGGUUGGGGCGCUGGGUGCAGAAGUGGACAGGCUAGAGACGGAGAUCCAGCAGAUCAUGCCCGGCAUCAGGCAUAUCGACCUGGAGACAGAUAGGGGGCGGCAUGACAAGACCUCUGCGCAGAGGCGAGGCUUCUACAGUGUGGCUGUGGACCCUGCACGGUGCCCGCCGUCGACUGAAAUGCUGUGAACGCUCCCAUUAAACUUCAGCUCAACAACGCACGCAGUGUACACGAUUCCUGUGCAAGGAGACUGCUUUUGUACAUUUCUGGUGCUGUCCGAUUCAUUCGUGGUCCCUAGGGGCACAUUCACUUCACAGUAAAUUUGAAUUAGGGCUGCACUUUGCCCGGCAUUGGCACAGCGCAUGAACUGCAGUGAGAUUAGAUUGUAUUUUGGCGACUCUGCUACUGAACUAGAUAAAAUGUGGGGCCCAGAUGCAUGUGCCUUGAUGCCAGAAAGAAUUGCGCUUCAUUUGAUUGGGCAAAGAACCAAAUGUUAACGGUGGUAACAGUC